AUGCCGCCUCGUAAAAAUCGCUCAUCCGCCUCAGAAGGCACAGCCAAAUCUAAGGCAUCUGGGACAAGCACCGCACCACAAAAGCGCAAAUCAACCGCCGCCAAUGACGAUGAUGCUGCUAAUGUAAAGCCCACCAAGCGCUCUCGAGCCUCCAAAAACUCACCCCCGGUCAACAAGGACCUAAGACAGACCGAAAUCUCAACGAAAUCCAUUGACAAGCUUGAGAAACCCAUCAUCAUCAAUCGCGCUCCUGUGCUCGAGCUCUGGGGCGCAUGUGUGGCGCAUUUCCUCCACCCAGACCUGUCUUGGAAUCUGUGCCUCAGCAUAGGAAGCAGCAUCUCCACCAUCACAGCUAUCUCCAAAGGCCGGUCGAUUGGAACCAUCGCGCCGUCUGACGAAUCAAAGGAAGAGGACUCGAAAGACAAGAACAAACAGACUGGGGAUAACCUCGCCAUGUUCAAGGUCAUGGGCUUUCCCAUGACGACCAAGGACGAAAGCGUCAUGGUCAAGGGAAAGCCCAAAACGACACGUGAGGUCAGUCUGGUUAGAAAGUACGGCUCAGACGAGACUUACACGGAGGCAAAGAAUGCGAUGAGUGAAGCCUUGGAAUCUUGGAGAGGGGAGGAGGACGACUUGGAUGAGAAAGCAUUCCAUCUUUAUGAACAGUUUCGCCCGGAUGUUGCGAAAGGGCAGAAGGGCUGGGGCCGGAAAGGGGAGCUACACUUGUCCAAGGUCAGGGACACAAUUCGUAAAUAA